AUGGACUCUGAAUCAGUUAAGCCAAAUGAAAGCGAGAAGCGCAAGCAACUUGACCGUGAAAUCAAAGAUAUGGUCACUGCCAUGACUCACCGCGUUUCAGAUCUUCACAAAUCAGGUUCGAGCAAUUUGCAGGAUGAGGAUGAUCUAGAUGAUGAUCAUGGUGUAAGAAUCAUCACGCUUGCUGGAACCAACACUGGAGCCACCAUGCGAAGUGAGCUGGACGAGAAACCCAAUCCUGCUGAUCAUGGGUUUUCAUUUGGGGAGCCUGAGCCGCUGAGCACCUACGUGAACAGCAAUUUCCAAGCCAUCAACAACUCGAUCAUGAUGGGUGGCAACUACAAAAGCAACGACCCGGGUGUUCAUUUGGACAUCUCCGACUUCUUUGAGAGAAAAGGCCAUAAGCCAGACAAGCGCGGAAAGAAGCUGGAAAAGAAAAGAGACAAGGAAAACCUGAAAAGCGACCAUACCCCCGACCAUUCUGACUGA